GCAUUCCUUGUUUAUCUUCUGCCAUUUCUAGCUCUGAACUGGCCAGUCUCACGAUCCCCCUGGAUCCUUUCACUCUAUCUACCCUGCGAACUGGAAACCACCCACAACUGCUUCUCCUCCUCGAGACGUCGUCACCCUCUCAUCUCCUUUGCCGUUCUUGUUCGUGCUUGUGAAGGCGUCACGGUGGAGCUCCGUGCUAGUGGUUCCUGCCUGGUUCGUGAAGCUCACUCAAUGCCUCCCCUUUAUUCUCUGAAGCAUUUUUGAGUGUCUCACUAAAUGGAGUGCUUUAGAUCAAAGAGAUGAGAGAAGGGCGACUGUUGGGGGUUUGUUUCUUUCCUGCACAUCGGCUACAUUUUAGGAAGGUAGCUUGCCAUUUCAGGAUGAAUAUCUGAGAUCACAAGGUUCUGUAUUACUUUAAUGAUGGGAACCAGUUCCUAUCUGCUAUUGUCCAAUUGUUGCUUCUCAAGUCUCUCAAUAACCAAUGAUACAGUCAAGUUUAAUCACAAUCAGAUUGGUGGAAAUUCAUUAUUUCAAAAACCCAGAUAUUGUGAUUUUCAUAAACACCAGUUUGAUUCAGUGAUAGUUAGGGUCAGUAUGGAGGGCACUGUAAAAACAGAGUUGCAAAAAGAAAAUCAGAGAGGGUUUAGAUGGGUUGAGAUAGGCCAUGACAUUACAGAAGCACAAAAAAAGGCCAUAUCUCAACUGCCUUUUAAGAUGGAAAAACGUUGUAAGGCCCUGAUGAGACAGAUUAUAUGCUUUUCUCCAGAGAAAGGCAACAUAUCUGAAUUGUUGGGAGCUUGGGUGAGGAUCAUGAUGCCUAUCAGAGCUGACUGGCUUUCUGUUCUUAAAGAGUUGAAGACGAUGGAUCAUCCCUUUUACCAGCAGGUGGCGGAACAUGCUCUUCUUGAAGAAUCAUUUGAAGCCAAUGCUCGUGAUUAUACAAAGAUAAUCCAUUAUUAUGGCAAACAGAAUCGACUUCGAGAUGCUGAAAAUCUUCUUACAGCUAUGAAGCAAAGGGGCUUCAUCUGUGAUCAAGUGAUUUUGACUACCAUGGUUCACAUGUACAGUAAGGUAGAUCAUCUUGAGAAGGCCAAGGAAUAUUUUGAAGAGAUCAGAUUGCUUGGUGAACCUUUAGAUCAAAGAUCAUAUGGCUCAAUGAUAAUGGCGUAUAUCAGAGCUGGCAUGCCUCAACAAGGGGAAUUUUUACUUACAGAAAUGUAUGUACAAGAGAUUCACGCAGGCAGUGAGGUUUACAAAGCAUUACUUAGAUCCUACUCUAUGGCCGGCGAUACUGAAGGAGCCGAAAGGAUUUUCAAUGCAAUCCAGUUGGCCGGUAUCUCCCCUGAUGAUAAGAUGUGUGGGCUUGUUAUCAAUGCCUAUGGAAUGGCGGGGCAAAGUGGAAAAGCUCGAAUCUCAUUUGAGAAUAUGAGGAGAGCAGGUAUUGAAUCUUCAGAUAAAUGCAUAGCUUUAGUGUUGGUUGCGUAUGAAAAGGAAAACAAACUUGAUGAAGCGUUAGAGUUUCUGAUAGAAUUGGAGAGAGAUGGUAUUGUGGUUCAAAAAGAAGCUUCGGAAAUACUGGCUCGGUGGUUCCGAAAACUUGGGGUGGUGGAAGAAGUGAAGCUUGUUUUAAGAGAUUUUGCUGUCAGAGAGGCGAGUAUAAAUGGGGCCCCGAGGAGGAGGAAGAAGAACUCUUGUUUAUGAAAAGUUCUGGACUUGUGUUCUCAUCUUAUUGACGCUUCUUCACUUAAAAGAUAUUCCACUUUGAGCUAUCUAGAUGCAUAACUGACAAGAUUGUAUUGUUGUAUUAAGGGAAUGACAAGUAAAGAUUGAAGAUCAAUGCCAAAUCAAUAUUUGUUUAGUAUUAAAACAUAGGAGAAAGAGUACUGAAUUUAGAAAGUUAUAAAAAGAUCCUAAUUUGACAUUAAUUUUCAUAUGAGAUCUUUAUUUGUCAUUCUCGCUCUUGUAUUUAUUCAUGCCAAGGCCACUGCUACUAA